AAUGAUUCCUGCGCCUGGCCAUUGUCCUAUCUUAAUCCGUAGCACGUUCUUAUCUCAGCUUCUAAACCAUGUCAUCAUCUACGCCACCACAGCGCGAGCUCCUUAUGGUCGGCAUGAGUUCCAAAACUUACCGCAUCGGAGACAUCGUCAGGAAGGAAUGUCAUGUACUCGUUGAUGACAUUGGUAUCACAGAGGAGAACGUAAAAGCAUGCAAAGCGGAAGCUGACGUUUAUCGCAUCCUGGGUAGCCACCCACUUAUCGCCGAAUGCUUGUCUAUUGGUCCCGAAAACGAAUACGUUGAGCUCAAAUACUAUCCCAACGGCAACCUCAAGGAUUACAUCCAUAUGAAUCUCGCAAACAUCACUGAAUCAGACCUGAAACGCUGGGCCCAUCAAAUGAUUAAAAGUGUCGAAUACAUUCAUUCCAAGGGAGUCAGGCAUUCUGAUUUCAGGCUUGACCAGUGGCUAGUUGACGCAGGCCUUAACACCCGGCUCAGCGACUUCAAUGCAUCGGGAUUUGACGACCAGCCAGACCUUGGAUUGAAAGGAACACGGGCACAAGGAUUCGAGAUCCCAAGCCAUUGCCUCCCUCGAGAUCUUGAGGCGGAUAAUACGGUGGAGUCAGAUCUAUUCGCACUGGGUUCUACACUCUACGAACUCGUAGCUGGCCAUACUCCCUACGAAGGUCUAAGCGACGAAUUAGUUGAGUCGUUGUUUGAGGAAAAAAAGUAUCCGAGCAUGGAAGGGCUUCUGCUUAACGAUAUCAUUAUGGGCUGCUGGAAACGGAAAUAUCCUUCUGCCAAAGACAUCCUCCACAAAAUGUGUGGCAGCCGAAUAACAAGUUGAAUGAAACGGAUGGACAAGGACUAGAGAGUGCAGCUAGACAGCGCGUCGGGUGGUGACUGCGGCGGCCGGGGAGAUUUGGUUUUAAUAUCAUGGAUCUUCUCUAAGUCCUAUCGUGAUAUUUAGCGUGGUGCGAGGAUAAUAGCACCGAGUUCUCGGCAACUGCAUCACGUCAACAACAUUGAAGUAAAUUGAAACUCUGUGAAC